GGGCAGGGCGGGGCAGGACAGGGCAGGGCAGGGCAAGGCAGGGCAGGGCGAGAAGCACAGGAAAAACCUGGGGGUAUAAAACUAGAGCUGGCCGUCGAUUAGACACGCGCACAGAGCAACAACUCGUGCUACCGGGUUCGCAGCGCAGAGGAUCGACACAGGACCGACCCGCAAGGAGCAAGCAAACAUGAAGAUCUUCUCGGUUGGUUGCGUCUCGCUGCUCGCGGGACGGGCUUCCGCCUCGCUCAGCUGCACCGUCGUGCCGCCCACCUUGUCCAAGCGGCUGUGCGAGUUCGACGCCUGCCCGGCCUACGACACGGCCACGGCUGGCCAGGUCCUCCGCGCCGCCUGCGUCGCCGACUGCAGCACAGCCGACGAUCUCUGGCUCAAGCUCUACGACGGCACCUUUAUCCGCGCCGACGACGCCACGCUGCAGGGUUGCCGCUCGUUCUGCGAGCCGCGCUCGGUGGCGGAUAUCAUGGCGGACCUGCCGCGGUGCCACGUGGCGGCCCGAGUGUCCAAGCCGGCGAGCUGCGCGGGCCCGUCCGUGUCCCAGCUCACAGCCAAACCGACGCCGGUGGACGAGGCGCCGCCGCCUCUCGUGGCCGUUGCAGCCAGGUGCAACUCUCCGCUGUCGGCGCGGGCCCUGCGCGCCGUGGAGAACGCCAACGUUACUGUCCUAGCACGCAACAGCACCGGGGGCGUCCUCGCGCGGGCCGUCGACGGCGUCAACGCCACCGCCUCGGCCUGGAACGCCACCGGCAUCCUCCCGCGGCUGUGGUACAGGGCGCGGGGCCUGUUAGCACCCAGGGCGGCCCUUCCUAAAAACGACACGGGCACUGUCAGCAACACCACGCAGCCCAAGGUCCUGUACGUGCGGGCCCUGCCCAACGCCACGUUUGUCAACGGCACCUUUUUCAACGCCACUCUCGCCGCUAGGCGCCCGCCCGCCGUCACCAAGGCGCCUGUUGCCAUGCCGGUCCCGUUCCAUGCCUAG